ACGCGGUAAUCCAAGCUCGAAUUAAUUCUGUUUAUAAACAAACGCAUAUUGAAGUGCGAAUUGUUUGGGUUUGUAUUCAGUAACCGCCCUACCGGCUUGAGGUUUUUAUUCGAUUUUCAUUCAGUGAGCUGCGAGAUACAGCAGGCAAAGUGUUUCCAUUGAAAAUCUCACGAUGUCCGAGAAUACCACUAACAAAGGCCAAUUUGUAUUUGAUGAACUGGAAGACAGGGAAGCUGAGGCUGCUGCUCAAGCCAAUAUAUCGAGUCAACUGGCCAAGAAAAUCUGGGCCGUAACGCCCAAUGAUGUUAGCUUGGGAGUCGUGGAACCCGUUGAGCCACCUGUGCCCAACUUUGAAACUUCAUCUGGAACGGGAUCAGUUUCCGGAUCAGGAUCAGGAUCCGUUUCGGGAUCAGGAAUGGGAUCUGUAAAAAAGUCACCGGCUAACGAUAAUGCCAGCAUCUACAUAACUGAGGUGGAGCGGGCUCUUUACGGAGAUACCACCGGUUAUCCGGAAUAUGGCACUCAUAAUUUCUUCAGGGCCGCCGAGAAUUAUUCGCUCUUCGGGGAGAACUUCCUUGACUUUCCCAAGGACGCGGACUGCUUGGCGGGCCUGGGAUCGAUGGUGAGUCAAGCUUGGAUUCCAUCACCGGGAUAUGAACGAUCCAACAGGUCGGUGCCCCUAUAUGAAAGACGACAAGCUGCGGAACAAGAACGUGCCACCUCCAACUCGGGGUCCAACUUUUCGGGGGGUGGCGGCUAUCAGCAACAACAAAGGCAGCCACCUCAGCAGCAGCAGCAACAACAACAUCGCCCUUUCGGCGUCGAUAGCAACAACAACAAUCGCAACUCGGUGAACAAUUUCAACGAGAUACCAUUUCCGCAGUUUUACCAACAGAUGCGUCAUCAGCAACCGCCUCAACCGCAGCUAAAUCCAUCGCACAAUCAGCAUCAUAAUCAGCACUUGCCGCAAAAAACGAUGCAGCAGCAGGGUGGGCUGCCACAGCAGCAACAGCAAUAUCAUCAGCAGCAACAGCAGCAGCAGCAACAGCAGCAACAUCAACAUCGUCCUGGAGCAACACCAAGUGUUGGCGAUUUGGCAGGAUUGGCCCAUUCCAAUCCCAAUGAUAUUGCCUUGCUCUACCAGCAACUUAUGGCCCGCAAUCUGCGCUCAAAUCAGCAGCACCAUCAGCAACAUCCGCAACAAUCUUCGCAGCAGAAUGCAAAUAAUGCUGCAGCCGCUGCAGCCAUGCUCUAUAAGAAUCUGGAGCUUCAGCAGCAGGUGCAACUGCGACAGUUGCAACAACAGUUGCAGCAGCAGCAGCAACUGCAACAGCCUCGUUUGCCACGCGGCAUUUUCGGGGGCAAUGGUUGUCAGUCGGGCGGAGGAAGAGCAACUCCACCCACCGGAAAGGAACCUUCAGCAGGAGGUCACAAAUAAGAUCCAUUAAUAUGUUCAUCAAAUCAAAGGUCAGACUUUAACGUUCCCCAUUUAAUUGGUCUUCAAGCCAAGUUAACUUUUUAACAUCACUUUUUUUUAAUAAACUUUUAACUUGAUUUAUCUGUACAUCUCACUCUACUUAUAAAAUUAUUAACAAACUGGUUAACAAAAUUAAAGUCCAACCUUUGAUCACUUAAAAAUGUAGAUGCAAUAAUAUAUC